GGUGUCAUCAUCUCCUGUGAUCCAUGAGGUCCAGUGCUGUCACCAUCCACUAGGAUCCACCAUAACCCUGGUGUCAUCAUUUCCCAGGAUCCAUGAGGUCCAGUGCUGUCUGUCACCAUCCACUAGUAUCCACCAUAACCCUGGUGUCAUCUUCUCCCAGGAUCCAUGAGGUCCAGUGCUGUCACCAUCCACUAGGAUCCGCCAUAACCCUGGUGUCAUCAUCUCCCAGGAUCCAUGAGGUCCAGUGCUGUCACCAUCCACUAGGAUCCACCAUAACCCUGGUGUCAUCAUCUCCCAGGAUCCAUGAGGUCCAGUGCUGUCACCAUCCACUAGGAUCCGCCAUAACCCUGGUGUCAUCAUCCGUGAUCCAUGAGGUCCAGUGCCGUCACUAUCCACUAGGAUCCACCAUAACCCUGGUGUCAUCAUCUCCCAGGAUCCAUGAGGUCCAGUGUUGUCACCAUCUACUAGGAUCCACCAUAACCCUGGUGUCAUCAUCCGUGAUCCAUGAGGUCCAGUGUUGUCACCAUCCACUAGGAUCCACCAUAACCCUGGUGUCAUCAUCUCCCAGGAUCCAUGAGGUCCAGUGUUGUCACCAUCUACUAGGAUCCACCAUAACCCUGGUGUCAUCAUCCGUGAUCCAUGAGGUCCAGUGCCGUCACUAUCCACUAGGAUCCACCAUAACCCUGGUGUCAUCAUCUCCCAGGAUCCAUGAGGUCCAGUGUUGUCACCAUCUACUAGGAUCCACCAUAACCCUGGUGUCAUCAUCCGUGAUCCAUGAGGUCCAGUGUUGUCACCAUCCACUAGGAUCCACCAUAACCCUGGUGUCAUCAUCUCCCAGGAUCCAUGAGGUCCAGUGUUGUCACCAUCUACUAGGAUCCACCAUAACCCUGGUGUCAUCAUCCGUGAUCCAUGAGGUCCAGUGUUGUCACCAUCCACUAGGAUCCACCAUAACCCUGGUGUCAUCAUCCGUGAUCCAUGAGGUCCAGUGUUGUCACCAUCUACUAGGAUCCACCAUAACCCUGGUGUCAUCAUCUCCCAGGAUCCAUGAGGUCCAGUGCUGUCUGUCACCAUCCAUUAGUAUCCACCAUAACCCUGGUGUCAUCUUCUCCCAGGAUCCAUGAGGUCCAGUGCUGUCACCAUCCACUAGGAUCCGCCAUAACCCUGGUGUCAUCAUCCGUGAUCCAUGAGGUCCAGUGUUGUCACCAUCUACUAGGAUC